AUGAGAAUAAAAAAGCAUGAUUUUGUUUUAAUAGAUGAUGGUUUGAGAUAUAGAUUACAUAAAAUUGUAGAUACAAAAAUUAAAAUAAAAAAAAACAGUAUAAAUUUAUUAUUUUUGGUUAACAAAAAGUAUGGUUCUACAUUUACCUUUAUUAAUAAUAAAUGGGUUAGAAGUCAAAAAAGAAAUUCUAAAUUAGAUAUAGAUUACUACACUGAUAUUAAAGGAACUAAUAAAGAUAUUUUUGAUAAUAACAAUUCCCAAAAACUAACAGAGGAAAAUAUUGCUGAAUUAAAAAAAAAAAAUUAUGAAAAUCCAUAUGAAGUCAUUCAAAAAUUAAUUGAUAAUUCAACAACAUUUAAAGAAAAAACAGUUAUCUCUAAAUUUAAAUAUGUAGAAAAAAAAUUGAAAAGACAUUUAUGUCAAUUUACGGUCUAUGAAUGUAAUAUUGCAAAUUUAGCUAACUUUUAUUAUAAAUAUUUUCCUGAAAAAAUUAGUUAUGUAAGAGUUGAUUAUUUAGCUAAUAUACUUUUUCAUUUAAAUAAAAAUUUUUGUAUAAAUAAAAGUUUAUAUAACAAGGAAAGUAAAAUGUUUACACAAAAAGAAAAUUCAUUAUCUUUUUCGUGUGAAUUGUAUGAUGAUAAAAUUAAAUAUUGUAAUAAUGAAGAUGAAUAUUUGCAUAAUGACACAUGUUUAAGUCAUAAUAUAUUAAUUUAUGAUGACUCGUAUGGAUUAUUAACUAGUAUUUUAAAUAUUUAUUAUAAUUAUAAUGUAAAUAUUUUUUCUUUAGUGUAUAAAAAUUCAUGUAAUUCCAUUAUACCAAGUUUUGGUAUUAAAAAAAACACAAAUACUGUAAAAAUUAAUAUUUUAAAUUCCUCAUUAAGUCCCAAAUCUGACAGUUAUAUCUACAUUGAUACUAACUAUGAUUUUGUUUUUAACAUCAAAAAUAAUUCAAAUUCUGAGGAAAAAAAAAAUAUUAAAGACGGAGAUAAUCAUAAAAUUAUUAAUGAAAAUAACCAGUUAAAUAUAAAUGAUAAAUUUUUGGUUGAAAAAGAAAAAGAAAAAGAAAAUGAUAAUGAAAAUGAAAAUGAUAAUGAAAAUGAUAAUGAAAAUGAAAAUGAUAAUGAAAAUGAUAAUGAAAAUGAAAAUGAGAAUUCUUUAAAUUCUCUGAAUAAUGGCAUCUUAGAAGAAACAAAUAAAAAUAAAAUUAUCAAUGAAAAUGAUAUAGAAAGUAAUGAAUAUGACAAUAAAAAUAAUUUUGAAAAUAAAAGUUUUAGUGAAGAUAAAAAUAAUUGUGAUAAUAAAGAUAAUGAUAAUAUUAUUAGCGAUAAUUCUAAAAAUAAAAAUAAUUUUCAAAAUCAAAGCUAUAACAAUGGUAAUAUUUGUAAAGGAAAUACUAAAAAAAGAAAAAUUAAUAUAUAUGAUAAUAAUUAUAGUAAUAAUAAAGAAAUAAAUCAAUGUAAAAAAAACAAGAAUAAUGAAAAUGAUACUAAUAUAAAAAAUGAAUUUGUAGAAAAUAAUGAAAUGAAAAAAAAAUUAUUGCAUGAUAUUUGUCAGAAAAAGGCAGAAGCUUUUGUUAUCAUUUUGUCACAUGAAUUUAUAGAAAACACUAAGACAGAUGUGAUUUUAUUAAUAGAAACAUUAAUUAAUAUAUCUUUAAAAUAUUUAAAGAAUGAUAGUAAAAUAAUUAUUCAUACAGAUGAUUUAAAUUUAUCAAAUUUUAUUAUGCAACUUUUAAUUAAUACAAAUUCUUUUAUUAAUAUUAAAUUAAAUGAAUACAUAUUAAGGGAACAACAAGUUAUAAAAAGAAGAACUCACCCAAUAAUCAAAAAUUCAAAAUUGGCUGAUGGUUUUUUGUUAACAGCUUUAAAAAUACAAAAUUAA